AUGUUCAGUAGCAGGUGCAUUUUGACUGCUUCAAAGCAUUUGUUUCUCUCAUCGUUGUGGAGGAAUCAGAUAUUGAACAGGAUGUCCAGCUCUGUUCCAGUGGCUGCUGUCUGUCAGAUCACUGCCACGCCAGAUAAAGAAGCCAACUUUUCAGCCUGUAAAACCCUGGUGGAGGAGGCCAAAGAUAGAGGAGCCAGCAUGGUCUUUCUGCCGGAGGGGUUUGAUUACAUUGGAUCAAAUCGAGAGGAAACACUGUCACUGUCUGAGAGCCUGGAUGGUCAGACAGUAACAAGAUUCUCUGAGAUAGCCAGAAAGUUAGAGCUGUGGCUGUCGCUUGGUGGGUUUCACGAACGAGGACCAAACUGGAACACAGACCAGAGAAUUUACAACAGUCACCUCAUAAUCAACGAUAAAGGAGAAAUAGUGUCGGUCUACAGAAAAGCCCAUUUGUUUGAUGUGGAGCUGCCAGAAAAAGGAGUGUCCCUCAAAGAAAGUGCUUUUACUAUUCCUGGACCUUCACUCAUUGCACCGGUUCAGACUCCCAUUGGCAAGGUUGGACAGGGGAUUUGCUAUGAUCUGCGAUUCCCUGAACUGUCAUUGGCCUUACAACGACAGGGAGCAGAGGUUUUGACAUUUCCUUCUGCGUUCACUGUAGCAACAGGCGCCGCUCAUUGGGAGAUCCUUCUCCGUGCCCGAGCCGUAGAGACGCAGUGCUACGUCCUGGCGGCGGCGCAGGUCGGCGCGCAUCACCACAAGCGCUCGUCGUACGGCCACGCUUUAGCCGUGGACCCCUGGGGAGAGGUGCUGGGCGACUGUGGAGGGGAGCAGCCUGGACUCGCACUGGUGCCAAUAAAUCUGCAGAAACUCAGACACACGAGGAGAAACAUGCCGGUCCAAGAGCAUCGCAGACACACCGACUUCUACCACAGUCUGGAGAAGACGUAG